AGGUGACACUCAUGAGUAUAAUGAAGCUCAACUCCUGUUUUCUGCUGAUUUUACUCACUGAGUCACAGAGAUUAUGGUGAUACCAUGAAAGUUUAACUAUCUGAAAUAAUGAAAGUUACAGACAAUAAUGUGAUUCGGUUUCAUCUUCAUAUUCUUUAUGGGAUAUCUGUGAAGAGCUUUGAGAAGAAAAAGGAGAGGAUUUUGAUCAGUGGUUCAAAGGUGUUUGGUGUCCCUCUGGAAAAUCUGCCCAGACAAUACAUUCCUGAGUUUGGACUUGUUCCCUGUUUCUUGGUAGAUGCUUGUUCUUUACUACUGGAGCGUGCUGGGACAGUAGGUCUAUUCAGAAAACCAGGAUCUCUUCCUCGCAUUAGGAAACUCAGGGCCAAGCUGAAUCAUGGAGAGGGUUGUCUGUCCACAGCCCUGCCAUAUGAUGUUGCUACACUCGUCAAACAGUUUUGCAGGGAGCUUCCAGAGCCAUUAUUCCCUUCUGAGCUCCAUACGGCUUUGCUGAAAGCACAGUCAUUAUCCAACCUAAGGGACAGGAAGGCAGCCCUCCAGUUGCUGUCCUGUCUGCUGCCUGCCAGAAACUCCUCUUGUCUGCAUUACCUGUUUGACUUCCUCUGCAAAGUCUCUCAGAGAUGCACUGAAAACCUGAUGACCAGUACCAACCUCGCUACAAUCUUCACUCCGUGUCUCCUACCACCUCCAAAUAAGACAGAGAUGUCUGAAGGACGACUUGAACUAAGAGUUCUUGUUCUGUGGACCUUCAUUGAAAAUCCAGAUCUGUUUGGUGUGAUUCCAAAAGCUGUUAUGGACAGUAUGGAAUUCCUCAUGAAUUUCCAUUUUCAAGAAGAUGUAAACUCAAGGAGAGGAAAACAAAAGAGACACAGUUUCAAAGUAAUGAGAUCUGUGAGGACAGUACUCCGGAUUCAGGGUAAGCCAAAGGCCGGGUCUACAGUGUCUGAGCAGAUCCAGGAGCACACAUCAGGAGACGGACCAAGGAUGAGGAGAAGCCUUGGCAUGGAUACUUUCCCAAACAUCAAGCAGUUUAGGACUUGUACAUCUUAUACAAAUAAGGAGUUAUGCAAGAUGCCUGUGCUCACUGGGGUGGAGAAAUUGCAACUCGUACCCUGGAGAAGAUGUUCUUUACCAUGAUGUUUUCAAUGCUAUUGGUUUCCACAUGACUGCAGCACUCUUGGCUAUCAUCCUAUAUGACUAUGCUGCCUAGUGACCACAUCAU